AUGGCUGCUCCCGAUAAUGAGCCUAUUGUUUAUGAUUUUGAUCUGAUGAUGGCGAAGAAGAAGGAAGAAAGAAGGAGGAGGAAGAGAAAAAUAGAUGACGUUGAACUCAUCAAUGACAACGACGAUGCCAUCGCAGAAAUGAUACAAAAAAUGAACACAGCUGCCGAGCAAGAUAGGCAAUUGAAUUGUCAAAACAAACCGGCCAUUCGAGUUAUGAGACAAUUACCAUACGUAAAAGCAAAACUCGGUAAACUGGAAAUCCUAGAAUCGCUAUCAGAUUCCGGAAUUUUCAGUUCUAUAGCAAUCUGGCUGGCACCAUUGCCCAAUCUUUGUUUGCCUCAUUUGGAAGUUAGAGAGGCACUCCUCAAGCAACUACUUGAUUAUCCGCCGAUAAGUAGCGAAGCAUUGAAGGCAAGUGGUCUUGGGAAAGCAGUGGCCUACCUUUUCAAGCAUCCAAAAGAAACCGCAAAUAACAAAGAUAGAUGUCAGCAGUUAAUAACAAGGUGGGCCAAACCAUUAUUUUGUCAAGAUGCUUCUUUUAAAGAUUUCACAAGAGAAGAGCGACAGCAGAGAGAUUUAGAACAUUGUACUAAAAAACGUAAACUUUCCUCAAAAACUGAAAAGCAGGAAGAAACAAAUUCUUUCAGUGCACGCGUCGGAUUUACGGAAGCCUUAAUCGUUAAAAAGGAAAAAGAACGUUUAUUGCCGGAAGAUGCGGAUCCGGCUGAUAGAGCUAGAGUACCAGAACCAUCCCUCACGGAAUACAUCAUUCGACCAAAAUGGAAAGUUGAAAGUGGGCCAGCGGAGGGUGGAUCGAGGAAAAGAAAACUAACCAGGCUGGAUCAACUGAAUAAAAAAGUGAAAGCGAUGAAAAGAGCCAGCGUUUCAAAGCCAGCGGUUUCCGUCAGCCUCCAGGGAAACAACAUGAGCAUAUAA